UCUUCCUUAGGUUGAAUGCAUGGCAGAGCUUGCCUGGUACCCUGCAAAGUGAAGAACACAAUUUCCUAAGGGACAUGGAUUUAUGCAUCGCCAAGCAGGAUGUCCCUUCUCAAUGAUACCCGGUUACAUCCCUCCUCCUUCUUGUUGCUGGGAAUCCCGGGACUAGAAACGCGCCACGUCGGGAUUGGCUUCCCCUUCUGUGCUGUGUAUGUGACUGCCCUCAUAGGGAACGUCACUAUCCUGCUUGGGAUCCAGGCGGAGAGCAGCCUGCACCAGCCCAUGUUCUACUUCCUGGCCAUGUUGGCGUCCAUCGACCUGGGUCUUUCCACAGCCACCCUCCCGAAGAUGCUGGGGAUCUUCGGGUUUGGUCCCCGAGAGAUCGGCUUUGAAGCCUGCCUCACCCAGACGUUCUCCAUCCACAGCUUCACACUGAUGGAGUCAGCAGUCCUCCUGGCCAUGGCUCAUGACCGCUGCGUGGCCAUCUGCCACCCACUGCGCUCCACGGCCAUCCUCACCAACACGGCUGUCGCGGUGAUGGGUCUUGGUGUGUCAGUGAGGGCACUUGGUUUUGUGCUUCCGUUUGUGUUUCUCAUUUUACGGCUCCCCUUCUGUGGGAAUCACGUCAUCCCUCACACCUACUGUGAACACAUGGGGCUUGCUCGCCUGUCUUGUGCCAGCAUCAAGGUCAACGUUAUUUAUGGCUUAUGUGCAAUUUGUAACCUGGUGUUCGACGUCACAGCCGUUGCCCUUUCUUACGUUCAGAUACUCCGGGCGGCUUUUCGUCUUCCUUCCCGUGAAGCCCGACUCAAGUCCCUCAGCACCUGUGGUUCUCACGUUUUUGUGAUCGUCGCCUUCUACACACCAGCCCUCUUUUCCUUCAUGACCCAUCGCCUUGGACCCAAUGUUCCCCGUUAUAUUCACAUCCUCCUGGCCAAUCUUUACGUUGUCGUGCCACCGAUGCUCAACCCUGUCAUAUACGGAGUCAGAACCAAGCAGAUCUUUGAUCGUGUGAAGAAAAUAUUAUUACAAAAAUAA